CGUUCACUCGCAUCCGGUACUCAUCAUCAUCUGCAGCGAUAUACGAUAUAACAUUUUAUACCGGCAUAUCAUCUCGCAAUAUCGUAUAAUCCGUAUAUUAUACUUACCGCAAUAUUAUUAUACACACAUAGCCGUGCGUUGCAGUGGUAAAUCGAAAACCGAAAACCCAUAGGGGCGCAUGUCUGAUAAUAAUAAUAAUAAUAAUAUUAAUAUUAUUUACGUAGUUGAUCUUAAUUAUUACGGCCUACUCGCUGAAAUCCGUCCGUUCCGGUAACAAGUGCAGUCAUCACGUCGAUCGCACCCGCUUCAGCAGACGAACGCUUCGAUUGUACCUGAACCCACGCACCUGCACCUACACUGAACACGUCAUGCCGAGGAACGCCGACCAGACCACCGAACCGAUGGAGGAAAAGCGCGAAUUUGGUUCAUACAUGUCCCGCAGCAUGGUGAUGUACGAAGACGGCGGUGGAGGCAGAGGUGACUCGAGCUCAAGCGGUAACGGCGGCAGUGACUUAGACGACGAUUGCGAGAGUUGGUCCCAGGACGGCAUCAGCAAAACUGGCGCCAACGGCUCUUCGUCCUCCGGCAGUGCCGACGAGGGCUGCUACAGUGGUGACGGAGACAAAUCGUCGACGACCCGCAGUGGCGGCGGCAGCAGCAGUGGCAGCGGCGGCAGCAGCGACGGCAGUGGUAGCGACGGCGGCGGUGGCGGAAACAAGGGCAAGUGGUUAAUAUCGUUACGCACCGUAAUCGACCGGAUGGUCGGGAGCGAGCGCAAGGGCCGCGGCAAGAAGAGGGUCGUCAAGACCAUUCUCCGACCACCGACCACUUACAAGUACGUCAUCGGCAUGUCCGGGUUCCCGUCCAAGGUUCCCGUCUACCCGAAAACCACCAUGAUGUGAACUCGAUUUGCCGCCACCGUUCUAUCGCCGUACCCGCAGCACCUUUGGAACCUCAUCGACAACCACUGCACACAUGACCACGGCGACCACCCCCGGUCGUCGCGUUUCCCGACCGCCUUCACAGCCACCGCCUCCAUGAUCAUCACUUCCACGAUCGCGUCCGUCACGAUCGCCGUGGUGGUCAGCGGACGUCGAGUGCCGUUCUUCCCCUGGUAUCAUUUGAAAAUUUCGUGACGUCGUGACGUCGUUGGUCACCGCAACACGCCGCUGCAACCACUCCAGCUACACACGGCGAUUAAUACCUAAAUAUUGGGCGCAUUCAUAUCCGUACCACCGUAACGUCCUGAUUUGAAACAAAAAGGUAUAUAAUAAUAACAUUAUCGACUUUAAUCGAUUCCGCCGAGUCUUUUGUAAAUCAGUAGAAACCGGCCAAUGUCCGGGAUAGGAGCUUAUUGGCUAACAAUUAUUAUUAAUUAUGUUUUACUAUUAUACGUUUUCUUGUUUUUCAUUGAUAUUAAUAUUAAUUCAUGACGUGGCGAGUUGCAUUGGACUUAGUUUUUAAAUGUAUAAUUGAAAAAAAGGUAUCUAUAUCAUCACGAUUCAAUAUGAUAUCAUGUAUAUGAUGUAUCUAUGACAAACCGACUAUACCAAUACGUCUUAUAGUUUUAAAUAUUUAUAUUGUAUCACAUAACAUUUUUGAGGCUCGGCGGACUCGACAUAAAAUCGGUGGAAUCCAUGCACGUCACGAAUACCGAUAUAUUAGAAUUAGAUACCUCUAUAUAUAUAUAUAUAUAAUGUUUAAAAAUAGAACAACCUAAUAGUACCCACUACCCAUUAUAGGUAUAUGUCUUAUCUAUACGUCGUACACUCUUACGAUAUAUUUAUUUAAUUUAUAUUAUUUAUUUAAAUAUCAUCUUACCUAACCUAUAACAAAACGUAUUCCCACAUGUUGUUUAGACCAAAAGUGUUUUUCGAUUCGUAGAGAUUUUCUGGCCUACGCGUAUAUUCAAAUGGACGGCUAUUACAGCUGUGGAUUAAAACAAAUAUUUCAAAACGGUCUACGAAUUUAAAUCACUUAUACCAUUUAUUUUAUGGGUACAUUGCGAAAAGAAACGUUUAAAAUACUAUUAUGAAAAACUAAUUUGUUAAUUUUAUCGUAAAAGGCUUUCCUAAAGAUGAUAUUUUACUUGUGAUAAUUAUAGUAAUUUAGAAUAGUGUACACUAUACCUACUUUAAUAUUUUCUAUUAUACAAAUAUUUUUUGGCCCUCGUAGUCGUAUACUAUUUAAAAUCUAGUGUAUUAGACGAUAUUAUUAACGAUAAUAUUAUUAUGUACCUAUUAGGCUUAGACGAUUUUCUUGGUAAGAUUAUAUUUCCAUUUUAUACAUACAUUUAAACAUUUUUAAUGUGACUAUAUUUUAAAUAGCAUAGUUUGAAGUAAAAAUAAUAAUUAAUAUUAAAAAU